AUGUCCUCGGGCACUGCACCUGUCGAUACCCACCCUCAGCUUUCUCUUCCCACAUUGACUAAACUAAAGUCCACCGUACACGCCGACGUAUCUCCGGUACUUGUAGCCUCCGAGUGGCUCCAGUCAUUCACUUCUGCAAUCGGUUCCAACGAUAUCAAAAAGCUCGGAGGGCUGUUCUUACAAGAUGCGUUCUGGAAGGAUAUUCUUGCGCUCAGCUGGGACUACAGAUCUAUCCAAGGCGUCUCCCGUAUCCUCCCAUUCGUGGAGACAUGUGCUCCGAAGAAUCGUCUCACAAUAUCCUCGAUGGCUGAGGACCCAUAUCGCUCUCCUAAGCUUAUCAAACUCUUCCCCGACCUGAGUUGGAUACAAUUCGGCUUUGCUUUAGAAACCAGCAUCGGGAAGGGGAAUGGUUUUGCUCGCCUCGUUCCCACCUCCAGCGGUAAAUGGAAGGCAUACACGGUCUUCACCUCUCUCGAGACUCUUGCUGGCGAAAAGAGUGUUCCGAGUCGUCUUCCAUAUCAAGAAAAGCACUGGGCCGAGCGCCGUCAGCGUGAAAUAGAACUUGUAGAUGGCGACCCUUCCGUGUUGAUCAUAGGCGGAGGCCAUAGUGGCCUUGAACUCGCGGCACGGCUCGGGAGGUUUGGUGUCUCUAACUUAGUAGUGGAAAAGAACCCCCGCGUAGGCGAUAACUGGCGGACCCGCUACAAAUCUCUAUGUCUGCACGAUCCCGUCUUUUACGACCAGCUGCCAUAUUUACCCUACCCGUCGACAUGGCCAAUAUACACUCCAAGAGCGAAGCUUGCCGACUGGAUAGAAAACUACGCACAAUCUCUAGAGAUCAAUGUCUGGACCUCGUCUCACGUCUCUAGCGCCCUCUGGCUACCCGAUGAGCAACUGUGGAUGGUCUCCGUCAUUCGUGAGGGAGAAGAACGAGCUAUGAAGGUUAAGCACCUUAUUUUUGCUACUGGUAUGGGAGGAGGAGUCCCCGUUAUUCCUAGGAUUCCAGCAGAGAAAUCGUUCAAUGGGCAGAUCCUUCAUUCCGCUUCUUUUACCUCCGCCAAGGACUACAUAGGCAAAAAGGUCCUCGUCGUUGGUUCCGGUAACUCCGGCCAUGAUAUUGCUCAGGAUUUAGCAGAGAUGGGCGUCGAAGUGACUAUGCUGCAAAGAUCCUCGACCUACGUUAUAUCGGCCGAAGGAGUUGCCAAACUUCUCAGCGGUGUUUUUUCGGAAACGGGGCCUCCUACUGAAAUCGCCGACCGCUUGAACGCAUCGUUCCCCACCGAAAUGGUCAAGCUUCUUUCGCAACGGAGUGCGCCAGGAAUCGCGGCGACGCUGGACAAGGAAAUCCACGACAAACUUAAGGCAGUGGGGUUCAAACUGAACCUUGGCCCUGACAAUGGAGGACUUCUUCAAUUGUUCCUGCGGCGUGGUGGUGGUUAUUAUGUCGACGUGGGCGCGAGUACCAUGAUUGCAGAGCGCAAGAUCGGCCUUAAAUCGGGCGCGUCGAUCCAGGAGUAUACUCAGCAUGGUGUUAAAUUCUCUGAUGGCUCUGAGCUCUCGGUUGACGUCGUCGUCUAUGCUACCGGUUUCGGAGAUCCCCGGCUACUCGUCAAGGACAUAUGCGGCUCUGAUGUCGCGGAUCUGCUUCAUCCGGUUUGGGGAUUGAAUGAGGAGAGCGAGUUGCAGAGCGUCUGGCGCGAUUCGGGGCAUCCUCGACUUCACUUCGCUAUUGGUAAACCGACUCCGUCUUACGCUUGA